ACUAUUCAAGACACCAGUGACAUCUCUCUCUCGCUCUCUCUCUCUUCGUCUUCAUCUCGACAGCAGAAAACAUCGAGACUGGACAGAUCUGUGACCACAAAAGCUUAACAAAACCUAAUCCAGUGCUAGGUUGAGGUGAUACUAAAUGGCAGAAGUGGAUGUUCAAAAUCCUCUAAUUGGAGAAACAACAUGUGGUACCUUACUGCAUCAAUUGCAGAAAAUUUGGGAUGAGGUUGGUGAAAGCGACGAGGAAAGGGAUAAGAUGCUUCUUCAGUUAGAGCAAGAUUGUUUGGAUGUAUACAAGAGGAAAGUUGACCAGGCUGCAAAGUCAAGGGCACACCUUCUUCAGACACUGGCGGAUGCUAAACUUGAACUCUCAACUCUUCUUGCAUCCCUUGGAGAGAAAACAUUUCUUGGAAUUCCUGAAAAGACAUCAGGAACCAUUAAGGAACAACUUGCUGCUAUUGCACCAGCCCUAGAACAAUUGUGGAAGCAGAAGGAAGAGAGGAUAAAAGAGUUUUUGGAUGUACAAACACAAAUACAAAAAAUAUGCGGAGAAAUUGCAGGGAGUAAUCAGCAGGCAGGAAGCCCAACAGUUGACGAGUCUGACCUAUCCUUGAAGAAGUUGGAUGAAUUUCAUGACCAGCUGCAAGAACUCCAGAAAGAGAAGAGCGAUAGAUUACACAAGGUCCUGGAAUUUGUAAGCACUGUACAUGAUCUUUGCGCUGUCCUUGGGAUCGACUUUUACAGUACAGUGACAGAGGUUCAUCCAAGCCUAAAUGAUGCAACUGGUGUACAGUCUAAAAGCAUAAGCAAUGGCACACUAGCUAGGCUUGCUAAGACCGUCUUAGCUUUAAAAGAAGAUAAGAAGCAACGGUUGAAGAAGCUUCAAGAGUUAGCAACUCAGCUAAUUGAUCUUUGGAAUUUGAUGGAUACAUCUGAAGAAGAACGCAGCUUGUUUGAUCAUGUUACCUGUAACAUAUCGGCUUCAGUGGAUGAAGUAACUGUUCCAGGUGCUCUUGCUCUAGAUUUGAUUGAACAGGCUGAGGUGGAAGCCGAAAGGCUAGAUAAGCUUAAAGCUAGCAGAAUGAAAGAGAUUGCCUUGAAGAGACAAGGUGAACUUGAAGAGAUUUUUGUACGUGCACACAUAGAGAUUGACACACAGGCUGCUAGGGAGAAAAUUUUGGCUCUCAUUGAUUCUGGGAAUGUCGAGCCUUCGGAGUUGCUAGUGGACAUGGAUAAUCAAAUCAUAAAAGCAAAAGAAGAGGCAAUCAGUAGGAAAGAUAUAUUGGAUAAGGUCGAGAAAUGGAUGUCGGCAUGUGAAGAAGAAAGUUGGCUUGACGAUUACAAUAGGGAUGACAACAGGUAUAAUGCAAGCAGAGGCGCACAUUUAAAUCUCAAGCGAGCCGAGAAGGCCAGAAUUUUGGUCAACAAAAUUCCAGCUCUUGUUGACUCCUUGGUGGCCAAAACUCGAGCAUGGGAAGAGGAGCAUGGAGUUACCUUUGCAUACGAUGGUGUUCCACUCCUUGCGAUGCUAGAUGAAUAUGCUUUGCUUCGGCAUGACAGAGAAGAAGAGAAACGAAGGAUGAGGGACCAAAAGAAAUUCCAUGAACAGCUAAAUACGGAACAAGAAGCAAUAUUCGGUUCAAGACCGAGCCCAGCUCGACCUCUUAGUAGUGCAAAGAAGGUUGUUGGACCACGUGUGAACGGGGGUGCAGCCAACGGAACCCCAAACAGACGAUUGUCUCUGAACCAAAACGGAGGCAGGUCAGGCAAGAGGGAUAGCGGUGCCAGGCCAAUCGCACCCUUGAACUACGUGGCUAUAUCGAAAGAGGAUGCAGCGUCUCAUGUGUCGGGUACGGAGCCUUCUCCAAAUACACCUUAAUUAAUAAUUAAUUAUGAGCAAUUAAAUUAAGAGUAAAAUAUUUAGGAUCAUAUCAUGUCAUAUCAUCAUACUCCCCUCCUCUUCCUCUUGUGAUUUUCAUGUAACUAUAACCAGAUUAAAAGAUGCAUCUUUGGACAUUGGUUAGCUACCUACCUUAGCUUGUUUGCAUUAUAUUAAUAUUAUCCCUUAAUUACCCAACUCCCAUUUCUAUUUGCAUUUCCCA